AUGUGGAAGUGCAGUACAAGUUCGGGACUGGAUAGCAACUUCUUCUCGACAGCUGGGCAAACACUGCUUGGUUUUCUCAGCAUUUACUGCCUGGUGGUGCCCAUCCUCGGACGGUACAAAGAACAACAGCCAGACAUACCGGUGUCAAAGCCGCUGGUGUUCCGACUCUUGCUGUACUUGGGAACAUUGCUUGUGUUACUCGCUGUGCCGGUCUACCCAUUCCAACCGCAGGUAGCGCUCGCGCUCGGCUUCGUGGGCGCCGUGCUCCCGAUCGUGGCUACGCUGAUGCUGAUCCGGGGGAGCACGUCAAAGAUCCGAACACAGAGGGAGCGUAUGGAUAACCUGGAGGGAGAUCUCACAAAUGUGAGGAGUAAAGCUGGUAGCUUGGAAAGCCGCGUCGCUGUGCUAAAGGCGGGGGAUGAAGAGCUGCGCGAGAUGAUACCUGGGCUGACCCCUUCAGAGGAUAGAUGA